AUGAUUGACGACUGGUACCUCGUAAAGUGCCCUGCGGUUGAUGAGCGACAACAAAGCUACUGUGGAGACACGAUAAGAAUCCUCACUAGGGCCACCGAGGUGAUCGUAACGUCCUACGUCGCCUGCAUCAGCGAGCGGCGAUGGCAUGUAGUGCCAUUGUUCUUCGCCCGUGACACCAACUGGUGGAUCAACGAGAAUCCAGCACGGGUGCCGCAAGCCGCCGACGGCACCGCAGCGGAGCGGCUGCCCGAUACACAAAGUCUGCUCGGUCGUUUUGACACCUACUCCUUUGAGGUCUUGCGCCUGGUCGCUAAGCGUAAUAGGACCGAUGUCGAGGUCAUGGCGACGGAGAAAGGUUCCUUAGACUUAGUGUAUAUCAAUAAUGUUACGAUGACGUUUCUUGUCGUCGGCGAGGGCAGGAUCGAGACCUUGAGGGAAUAUCCGGAGUAUAAUGAGCUGAAUUGGGUGUUGGAAUGA